AAAAAAUGUAUAAGAAGGCUCCGACCCUAACGAGGUACUCCUCCAUGUUGCUUCCGUCCUCUCUUCACAACUAAAAUGAGUUGCCAGAACAGUAAAACAGAAGAAACGCCCGACGAACAACACAAUACCUGCAAAGACCCUAAACACAAACCCUUCUUUGACGUUUACGGCCCUCAGGGGAGAGCAGAUAUUGUUUUCAAUCAACCAGAAUCCAACUCAACCUUGAACCUUCAAGACGUGCAAGGUCUUGUCACGUGGGUGCUUGCUGAUGGGUUCAUGCCGUCAUGGGCUUUUAUCAAAAACAAGCCUUUGAUCCCUAAAGUGGUUAUGCUGUAUGUUCCUGGCCUUGAUGCCGCUCUAUAUUUAUCACAGUCUAAAGUGCUCAAAGGUUUCAAAGAAUGCUGUGGUAUUCCGAGGCCAGUUUUAGCUCUCAGUUGUGUAUCAGAUGGAAAUCAGACAAUAGAUGCACUCCUUACGUACAAAUCAAAGAGGAAAAGAAAAGAAGCUGAGCACAUUUCACCAAGAAACACCGAGUCUUCUGAACAAGGUGCUGAGACUCCCACUACGGAGCCUCUAUCUUUUGUUGACCUCAAAAAGGAUAUACCAUUUCCCAUCAGUUAUUACACACUUACGGAUAAGGAACUAGAAGAAAAUGGAUACUGUUAUGACCAACCAGAAUUUCUUUCAACGCUCCCUGCUCCUUCAGGAACAUCUCCACAUGAAAUUUUGGCCCUUGACUGCGAGAUGUGUAUUACAAGGGAAGGCUUUGAGCUUACCAGAGUGACACUAGUGGAUGUUAAAGGACAGGUUCUACUGGAUAAAUUGGUCAAACCAUCAAAUGACAUUGUUGACUACAAUACUAGGUAUAGUGGAAUUACUUGUCAGAUGUUGGAGGAUGUGACUACCACUCUUAAAGAUAUCCAGGAGGAGUUCUUGAAACUGGUUCACAAGGAGACCAUUCUGGUUGGGCAUUCCUUGGAAAAUGAUUUGUUAGCCCUGAAGAUCAUUCAUAAUUUGGUAAUCGAUACUGCUGUGUUGUACAAACAUCCAAGAGGAUCCUACAAAGCUGCUCUUCGCGUUCUGAGCAGAAAAUUUCUCGGCAGGGAGAUACAGGACUCGGGCAAUGGGCAUGACAGCAUUGAAGAUGCAAAAGCUACACUGGAACUAGCACUACUAAAAAUAAAAAAUGGUAGGCUAUUUCCUUUCUAGUUUUGAUAAUGAAAAAUGGUAGGCUAUUUCCUUUCUAGUUUUGAUAAUGAAAAAUGGUAGGCUAUUUCCUUUUUACGCAUGCUAAUGCGCCACUAAAUCAGUGUUAUCAAAGGCGAAAAGCGCAAAAAAGCUCUAAGGUCUGGUAGGGCUUUAAGCGCAAAUAAAGCGUGGGCUUUAAUGAAGAAAGACGCAAAUAGAGAAUAACUACAAAUAUAUAUGUGUAGUCCAAAACUAAUUUCUAUAAGCAUGAAUACCAAAUAUAUGGACAAAGAAGUUGAAGAAAAUUUACGAUAAAGUAAAAUAUCAAUUGUUUAGUGUCGCCUCUUUAGGAUUACGCUCGUUGGUAAGCAAAAGUAUGUCUUAGAGUCUUGAUGACAAUACUGAAGCGCCCGCUAAGCGAGGCGAAGCGCUCAACAUGUUUGAGCCUCGUUUCAGAGCUUAAGCGCGCCUUUGAUAACACUGCACUAAAUGUUGUGUGCUCUAAACUCUUAGAGGCCCUUUGGUUUGGUAUGGUGGAUGCAAGAAAGAAGGGAAGGGUGCAGGGAUAGAGCUAAUUGCAUGAUAUGAAAGUGUUUUUUUUUUUGCUUUUUGCCUUUUCUCCUUUAGGUUCCUCUUGGUCUAUCCUCUCAUUAAGUUGGGCCCAGAAAUGCUCUGAACCAAUGGAAGGCCAUGUUUUGGCCCUAUUUCUCCAGCAUAUUGUCCUUUCUGUUUGGAUUUCAAACUUGAGAGCCUCCUCCAUUCUUCUGUUUGGGAAAAUCCGGGACUUAGUGUCUGGUGCCAUCUUUGGCAUCACCUAAGUUACUCCUGUUGACCCACAUCUGUAGUGAAGGUAACAAAAAGAAAUCACCCACCCUCCCACCUUUACCUUCUUAAAACACAAUCUGCUUUAGCAUCUAAGUGUCCAAUUUGUCUCAAUUUUUAAUAAUUUUAACCUCUUAACACGCUAGAAAUGUUGGAAAAAGACGUGCUUGCCACGUGUCAAAACUAUGGGGGACACUAGCUACGGAAUUUUCAAGUUAAGGUGUGUAAAAGGGACCUGGUUCUAUUAAGGUGUAAAAGGGAAAUUAGUGCAA